AUGAGCUUCGAGCGUCCCCUCCGUGGCAGCUGCCAAUGCGGCCGCAAUCGUUACAUCAUCCAGUUUCCACAACAGACUACACAAACGGCGCAGGUCAUCUUCAACGCACCACCCUCCCAAUGUAUCUCUCAUACAUCGCCAUUGGCUGCUUUCCUGCGGGUGCCUUUGGAAUGGUACCAUAGCACGACACUCUCGUUCUCUCCUGACGAAAGGACAUCGAUGAUCCAUCGCGCCUACACAUCUCCCUUUGAAGAGCAUUCUAUGCGCCACUUCUGCGGUUUCUGCGGCACGCCGUUGUCUUACUGGUCCGAGGAGCCUCGCAGCGAAGCCGAUUUCAUCCAGCUGUCGUUGGGCAGCCUCCAUCCUGAAGAUCUAGCGGAUUUGGAGGACUUGGGUAUGCUGCCGGACUCCGAUAGCGAAGGUGAGACCGAGGCGGCUGUUUCAAAGAAGUCGGAGGGAAAAGAGGCAGUAGCGCAGAUCGGCCGACAGACUGUGGGAGGUCUACCCUGGCUGGACACCUUGGUUGAAGGCAGCCGACUCGGCACUCUUCGUGCUUCCAAAGGUCGCCACCAGAAUAAGAGUGGUACAGUUCAAGUCGAGUGGGAAGUGAUGGAGUGGACCGAGGGUGAUAGCAGCUCCUCAAGCAGCUCUCCGAGAAACGGCAAGCGGAAGCUUGAUGAUCGAGAGGAAGGAAUCGAUAACGUUGUCAUGCGGGACGUUAAGCAAUGA